GGAUUUUCAUAGAAAAAAAUUUCAAUUGGUGAGAAUUUAAUUCAUGUACAAAUACUACGUCCAUCCAUAGGAGAAAAAGAGAGGACCAAUAUAUUUGUGUUAGCUUUCUUUGCAAGCGCGUAAAUUUUAUUUCAUUCAAGCUCAACAUAGCAAGGGCAACAAUGCGAGUGCCGCCAUCGCAACAACGUUUUGAAGGAAUUUUAUGUAGCGGCACUUAAGUCAUCUUUAAUUAACCACGUGUUUUCACCGUUGGCAGUAGGAGAGAUUCGUUUGAAUUUCAGAAUAAAAAUCAAGUCAAACACAGUCAUACAAAAGACAGGCGAUAUCGCAUUAGUCUACGGUUGAAGAAGGAGUUUGUUUGGAGGUCAGGUAAAGAACGAGAAUCAUGACAAUUAGUUCCUUGGAUUUCUUGGAUGUAAAGGAAGAAUAUCCUGAAAUUGAUUAUGAAAUACGUGGCAUUCUAUUAGCUCGGGCGCAAAAUGGUGCCACAAUUGAUGAGAUCCGCGGUGAUUACCAAAAAUUAACCGGCUUAAGAUUUCCCGUUGAAGAGAAUAUCACCGAUUUCCUGCUUUCUAUAACACAUGUAAUGGUUUUUUGUAACGAAAAUGGCACCAGAAUUUUCAAUAUUAUGCCAACAGACACUACGAGGCAUUUACUAGACUUGGUACUAAAUCAAAAAAUUUCUCAAAGGACAGGAGUCUAUACAACGCCUCAUAGUAAUAAUCAGAAUCAACGAAAUUAUUACCAAGCACCACAUCAGCAGUUUUACCGUUAUAAGUCAUCCAGCAUAGUAAAAGAGAGGCCUGAACAACACCAGCAACCUGAGAUUCAAAUAUAUCCGGACGCGGAUAAAUUUAGACGGCCUAUAAACGUGUCAUUACAACAAGAAGCAGCGAACAUCAGCGAACACAAUUUCUAUUACGAAGAUAACUGUAAUUACCUUUGCAAUCGGUUCGGAAAACAACGAAAGUUGGAAAACCAAGCCACCAUCAAACUACACCCGGCUCAACAUGCAACCAUUGCAGCGACUACGGGAUUAGCUGCAACGAUCAAUAGAAAUUUACAGAAAACUUUAACGAAUGAUGUCUCAAGCAAUAGUAAACAGAAUGUUUGUGCUAUUGAGACAAUACCCUUGGAAAAUUCCAACUUAAUACCAAGGUCCCGUUCUUCCCUAAGCACAAGUAAUAACUAUAAUAUUUUGACCUCCCUAAUACCUCCAUAUUCCCAUCAUUCUUCGCCUAACGCUGCGAAAAGUUGUCAAACAACUGAUUCCAUGUUUACUGAUUCCGACUAUGAGGCUCAUCUGUUGGAUUUCUUAUUGUUAGGUGAUGAUUUCUUUCUUUACAUGGCGCGAAUGGAGUUAGGUUGUAAAUUUAAACGAAAUCAAAAAGUUUUACAAUCAGGACUUUGCGUCUCUGGUCAAACCGUGUCCGGUGCCAUUAAACGAUUAAAUCGGUUAAAUAAUUUCACCGAUAAAUCAAUUAUAAUCAAUAUCGGUUCCGUGGACAUAAUGCAAGGACGUAAUCUAAUACAAAUUGAACAUGAUUUGAGAGAAUUAGUUGUAAUUAUGUUAAAGAAGAAAAUCAAACCAAUUUUAACUACGAUCGCACCAUUAGCCAAUUAUGCCCACAACAAUGAAGUGAAAAUGACUUUAAUGCGUUUGAAUGAUUACAUAAAACGUUUGGGUAGAGCUCGCCAACUAAUGGUUAUUGAUAUAUGGAAAUGCUUGGUAAACGAUAAAAACCUUACAUUGUUCGAUUGCUAUCAAAACGGACCUCGUAUCGUUACCGGCGCUUGUCAAUCGUAUGUCUUUUGGAAUAAAAUUGGACGCCAACGUGUUCUGAAAUUAAUCGAAUCUCAACUAGAAUAUUAACUAAAUCGAAACGUAACAAGAAAUCUAAUAUUCUAACGUUGUAAAAGUUUUCAUUUUUAUAUUUGCAUCGAAAUGUUUUUUUAAAUUUUAAAACCUUCUAUUUGUUGUUUGUUAUAUGUUAAAUGUUGUCAAGGUCUUCAGUAUUCAUUACAUGUUAAAUUUUUUAUGUUUUAAGCGUAUUCAAAAAUUUUUUUUGUUCGAAAUAUUGUGAGAAAAU